AACUCGAGCAGUUGCCGCAAAAAUGACGAGACCCGGUGUACGCGACGUUCCGUUUCGCUGGCGAUCGGCGCGGGAAUAACGCGGGAAAGCGUUCGCGUUCGCGAGUGAGAAUCGGCAACGCGUGUCGGUCGGUGACGAUGAAUCGUUGGCUCGUGGUAGUUCGCCUCUCGCGAUCCGGAUGGCACGAAAUUCGGUCGAUUUAUGCGCGCGACGUCCGCUCGGAGUUCGACGGAGCUAACCGUCAUGGCGCCCGCGCUUCGAUCGCGAUCGAUCGCCAAAACACUCGUCUCGUGUAAGAAUCUCACGCAUCCGUACGCGUACGAUCUUCGGUGCCGCGCAUCGUUUGCUCAAAACGUGAUUCCUGACGAAGGUGUGCUCCGGAUGUUCAUUCCUGACGAAGGUGUGCCCCGGAGGAAAGAGGUUAUCUGGACCGGAGGACCCUGGCGUGGGGAUUUUUGGCGACAAGAGUCGACCAAUGAAUGUUUGGACACUUCGUCAGAAGAAAAAAGAAUUCUCCGCUGACCAAGAUUUCCGAGGAAGUCAUUUGAGACUUAAUUAAUUACACAAGAUAUAAAUAGACCGAGAAAAAUUGUGUAUAAUUAAUCGAUUGAAUAAUUCGAUUGAUUUGAAAGCCGAUGAAAAAUUUCUGCUUUGAUCGCAGUGAUAAAUAACGAUUGUAAAAUUCGAA